GGGUAGAAAACGCGAGGCCUCCCGCGCAGGGUCCGCCUUUCUGCCGCCGCGAACUCGAGGAGGUGCGGGCCUAAAGGAGCGCUGGCGAGAGGAGGCGCUGCCCCUGCUCCGUGAGACGCGCGCCCACCUGACCGGGUCGGAACGGCGAGGCCGGGGGCCGGGACGGGGUGGGGAUGCGGCGCGUGGCGGCGGCGUGCGCGCUGCUGCUGGCUUUCUCCGCCUGCCUGGCGCCGGCCGCUGGUCAAGGGUGUGGCAGUGAGCAUUUUCGCUGUGGAAAUGGACACUGUAUCCCUGCAUCCUGGAGGUGUGAUGGAACUGGGGACUGUCUAGAUGACACGGAUGAAAGUGGCUGCGCUCAUGCUUCCUGCCAGUCAAAUGAAUUCCAGUGUCAGAGUGAUGGGUUGUGCAUCCCGCUCCUCUGGGCUUGUGAUGAAGAGCAGGAUUGCGAGGAUGGCUCAGAUGAACAGCAUUGCCCUGGGAGAACAUGCUCAAGCAAGCAGAUCACAUGCUCCAGUGGUGAAUGUAUCCCAAAUGAAUACCGGUGUGACCACGUCAGAGACUGCUCAGAUGGCACCGAUGAGAGGGGCUGCCAGUAUCCAACAUGUGAAGAACUUACUUGUGCCAGUGGAGCCUGCUAUAACACUACUCAGAAAUGUGAUGGGAAAACUGAUUGCAGAGACUCUUCUGAUGAAGCCAACUGCACUAAGCACUGCUCACAUAAUGAGUUUCAGUGUGACGAUGAGGUGUGCAUCCCCCGUGACUACGUCUGCGACCAUGACUCUGACUGUGAUGACAGCAGUGAUGAGCUUGCUUGCAACUAUCCGACUUGCAGAGGCAACCAGUUCACAUGCUCCAAUGGCUACUGCAUUGAUCAAAAUUGGGUUUGUGAUGGAGCGGAUGACUGUGAAGAUAAAGGAGAUGAAGACGGAUGUGAAAGCCAUCCUCAUCAUACUGAUGAAUGUUACCCAAAUGAAUGGGCUUGUCCAAAGUCUGGAGAAUGCAUCCCAAUUAUAAAAGUUUGUGAUGGGAUUGCAGAUUGUCUAGAAGGAGGAGAUGAAACCAGUGUCACAGAAGGACGACAUUGUAAUGUGACUUUCUGUCCUUUCUUGGGCUGUGACUACAAAUGCCACAUGUCACCAACUGGAGGGGAGUGUUAUUGUCCCCCAGGUUUCAUCGUCAACCAAAAUAAUACCCGUAGAUGUGUUGAUUUUGAUGAUUGCCAGAUAUGGGGAAUUUGUGACCAGAUAUGUGAAGACCGAACUGGCCAUCACCAGUGCCACUGUGCAGAAGGGUAUGUCUUGGAGCAUCAGAAGCACUGCAAAGCUAAUACUUCCUCUGACCAGGUCUCCAUUAUCUUCUCCAAUGGCCAGGAUUUGCUAAUGGGUGAUAUUGGUGAAAGGAACUUUGAGAUGCUGGUAGAGUCUCAAAGUCAUGGAGUGGCUGUGGGUGUGGACUUUCACUAUCGCCUACAGAGAGUCUUUUGGACUGACACUGUGCAAGAUAAGGUCUUUUCAGUUGAUAUUAAUGGUUUAAAUAUCCAAGAAGUUCUCAAUGUUUCUGUUGAUGAUCCAGAAAAUCUGGCUGUGGACUGGAUUAAUAAUAAACUUUAUCUGGUGGAGACCAAGGUCAACCGCAUAGAAGUGGUCAAUUUGGAUGGAAGCAACCGUGUUAUCCUUAUAACAGAAAACUUAGGGCAUCCUAGAGGAAUUGCCCUGGACCCAACUCUUGGUUAUUUAUUUUUCUCAGAUUGGAGGAGCCUUUCUGGGGAACCUAAGGUGGAAAGGGCUUUCAUGGAUGGCACCAACCGUAAGGAGUUGGUAAAAACAAAGCUGGGAUGGCCCGCUGGGAUAACUCUCGACAUGGUAUCAAAGCGUGUUUACUGGGUUGACUGCCGUUUUAAUUACAUUGAGACUGUAACUUAUGAUGGAAUUCAAAGGAAGACAGUAAUUCAUGGAGGCUCACUUAUUCCUCAUCCCUUUGGAAUAAGCUUGUUUGAAAAUCACAUAUUCUUUACUGAUUGGACAAAGAUGGCAGUAAUGAAGGCAAACAAGUUCAAGGAGACCAGCCCAGAAGUGUACUACCAGUCUUCCCUGAGGCCCUUUGGAGUGGCUGUUUAUCAUUCUCUCAGGCAGCCCUAUGUUAACAACCCAUGUGGAGAUGACAAUGGUGGCUGUGAACAGGUCUGCAUCCUCAGCCACAGAACAGAUAACGAUGGUCUGGGUUACCGCUGCAAAUGCCGACUUGGCUUUGACCUGGACGUGGACAGCCGCCACUGCGUCGCUCUUAGGCAGUUCCUGCUCUUCUCAUCCGAAGUGGCUGUUCGUGGCAUCCCAUUCAACCUCUCUACUCAGGAAGAUGUCAUACUUCCAGUGACAGAAAUGCCUUCUUUCUUUGUUGGAAUUGAUUUUGAUGCCUGGGAGAACACUAUCUUUUAUUCAGAUACAUCAAAACACAUAAUCUUUAAACAAUAUGUCAAUGGCACAGGAAGAGAAAUUCUCACAGCUGACAGGGUGCAAAGUGUUGAAAGUUUGACUUUUGAUUGGAUUUCAAAGAAUCUUUAUUGGACGGAUGCGUCUUACAAAAGUGUCAGUGUCAUAAGGCUAGUUGAUAAAUCGAGACGUGAAAUAGUCCAGAAUUUAAAUAAUCCACGAGCAAUCGUAGUUCACCCUAUUGCUGGAUAUAUAUUCUUCACCGAUUGGUUCCGUCCUGCUAAAAUUAUGAGAGCAUGGAGUGAUGGAUCUAACCUUUUGCCUAUAGUAAACACUACUCUUGGAUGGCCCAAUGGAUUAGCCAUUGAUUGGGAUGCUUUACGAUUGUACUGGGUAGAUGCGCUUUUUGAUAAAAUUGAGCACAGCACCUUUGAUGGUUCAGAUAGAAGAGCCCUGGGCCAUAUACAGCAGAUGACACAUCCAUUUGGACUUACUAUCUUUCAAGAUUAUGUAUUUCUUACUGACUGGAGGCUGGAUGCUAUCCUUCGAGUCAGGAAAACUGAUGGUGGAGAUAGGACAGUUCUCCGAAGUGGCAUCAGUAAUGUAAUGAAUGUGAAAUCCUAUGAUGCCAACACCCAGACAGGUUCUAACUACUGUGACCGACCGGCCCACCCCAACGGUGACUGCAGCCACUUCUGCUUCCCAGUGCCAAAUUUCCAGCGGGUGUGUGGUUGCCCUUAUGGAAUGAGUUUGACUUCCAGUCACUUGACUUGUGUGGAAGACCCAUCCAACGAACCGCCCCUGGAACCAUGUGGCUCCCUUUCCUUUCCCUGUGACAGUGGUGGAUGUGUGCCCUAUUCCUACCGCUGUGAUGGAAUCAAUGACUGUUACGAUAAUAGCGACGAGCAUCAGUGUGGCACAUUCAAUAAUUCCUGUGCCUCUUCAGCAUUCACCUGUGGCCAUGGAGGAGGGUGCAUCCCUGCCAGCUGGCACUGUGACAAGCACAAAGAUUGUUUGGAUGGCAGUGAUGAGCAGAACUGCCCCACCCAAGCACCCACUUCCUGCUCUGCAUCCUACUUCACUUGUGAUAAUUACCGGUGUAUCCCAAAGAACUGGCUCUGUGACACAGAUAAUGAUUGUGAAGAUGGUUCUGAUGAAAAGAACUGUACAUUUACAGAGACAUGCCUGCCUAGUCAGUUUCACUGCCCUGACCAUCGAUGUAUUGAUCUAUCUUUUGUCUGUGAUGGGGAUGAGGACUGUGUUGAUGGAUCUGAUGAGAAUAAUUGUGUAAUUAAUUGUACAGCUUCUCAAUUCAAAUGUGCCAGUGAAGAUCAGUGUAUUAGCGACGCAUAUCAUUGUGAUGGUGUUUUUGACUGUAAUGACCAUUCUGAUGAGAAAGACUGUCCAACCAGGCCUCCUGGUAUGUGCCAUGCAGAUGAAUUUCAGUGUCAAGAAGAUGGUGUCUGCAUUCCGGGGAGCUGGGAGUGUGAUGGUCACUCAGACUGCAUCCUUGGUUCUGAUGAGCACCAUGGCUGUGGCCCCAGGACCUGCCUUCCAUCUCAUUUCCUCUGUGACAAUGGAAACUGCAUUCACAGAGGGUGGCUCUGUGAUGGGGACAAUGACUGCAUGGAUAUGAGUGAUGAGAAGGACUGUCCCACUCAGCCCUUUUACUGCCUCAGUGGGCAAUGGCAUUGCCCCGGCUAUAGCAUCUGUGUGAAUCUGAGUGCAGUGUGUGAUGGCAUCUCUGACUGCCCCAAUGGGACAGAUGAGUCCCCAUUUUGCAACCAGGACAGCUGCUCAGAUUCCAAUGCUGGUUGUACUCACCAGUGUAUUCAAGGACCCUUUGGGGCUCAAUGUGUCUGUCCAUUUGGAUACCUGCUUGCCAAUGAUUCUAAGACCUGUGAAGAUAUAGAUGAAUGUGACAUUCCAGGCUUUUGUAGCCAGCACUGUUACAAUACGAGAGGUUCUUUCCGGUGCUGGUGUGACAAAGAAUACAUGUUAGACGCUGACCAGAGGACUUGCAAAGCUACAGCUUCUGAAAGUCUGCUGCUCCUUGUGGCAAGCAGGAACCAAAUUGUUGCUGACAAUAUCACUUCCCAGGGUCACAAUGUCCAAUCACUCAUACAGAAUGGUUCUCACAUCGUAGCUAUUGACUUUGAUUCUGUCAGCGGUCGCAUCUUUUGGUCUGAUGGAACUCAGGGUAAAAUCUGGAGUGCGCUUCAAAAUGGAACAGACAGCAAAGUAAUAGUUGACAGUGGUGUCACCAUGACUGAAAGUAUUGCAGUAGAUUGGGUAGGUCGCAAACUUUACUGGACAGACUAUGCUCUGGAAACAAUUGAAGUCUCUGAACUGGAUGGGAGGUACCGGACUGUGCUGAUUAGUGUCAAUGUAACAAAUCCAAGAGGACUAGCAUUAGAUCCUAGAAUUAGUGACCAUCUGAUGUUCUGGUCUGACUGGGGCCGUCACCCUCAUAUCGAGCGAGCCAGCAUGGAUGGCAGUGAGCGCACUGUCAUUGUCCAGGACAAGAUUUACUGGCCCAAUGGCUUAACUAUUGACUAUGCCAACAGACUGAUUUACUUUAUGGAUGCCUACCUUGAUUACAUAGACUUGUGUAAUUAUGAUGGACACCAUCGGAGGCAGGUGAUAGCCAGUGAUUUGAUGCUGCGGCAUCCCUAUGCCCUGACUCUCUUUGAGGAUUCCAUGUACUGGACUGACUAUGCUACUCACCGUGUCAUGCAAGCCAACAAGUGGCACGGGGGAAACCAGUCAGUCAUAAUAUAUAAUGUUCAUCAGCCCCUUGGGAUUGUUGCAGUUCAUCCUGUGAAACACCCAAACUCCACAAACUCAUGUGCCUUUUCGUCCUGCAGCCAUCUAUGCCUGCUUUCUACACAGAACCCUGGGCGUUGCUCCUGUGCUUGUCCUUCAGGGUGGAGUCUCUCUCACGACUCUGUGACUUGCUCAAGAGAUGAACAGCCUUUCUUAAUAGCUGUAAGACACAGUAUAAUUUUUGGAAUCUCCCUUAACCCUGAGGUGGAGACCAAUGAUGCAAUGAUCCCCAUAGUAGGAAUACUGAAUGGUUAUGAUGCUGAAUUUGAUGACUCAGAGCAGUUCAUCUAUUGGGUUGAGAAUCCAGGUGAAAUUCACCGAGUGAAGACAGAUGGCACCAACAGGACAGUGCUUGUUCCUAUGUCUAGUAUGGGGUCUUCUAUGAGCCUGUCCUUAGAUUGGAUAUCAAAAAACUUGUAUUACACUAAUCCUGGAACUCAGUCCAUUGAGGUUUUGACACUAAAGGGAGAUGUCAGAUACAGAAAAACACUCAUUACCAAUGAUGGGACUGCCGUUGGAGUUGGUUUUCCAGUUGGCGUAACUGUUGAUCCUGUUCAUGGGAAAUUGUACUGGUCAGACCAAGGAACUGACAGUGGCGUUCCUGCUAAGAUUGCAAGUGCUAACAUGGAUGGCACAUCUCCAGAAACUCUCUUCACUGGGAACCUUGAACACCUGGAGUUUAUUACCCUUGAUAUCGAGGAGCAGAAACUCUACUGGGCAGUCACCAGCAGGGGAGUGAUUGAAAGUGGCAGUGUGGAUGGUACAAGUCGAAUGGCCCUGGUGAACCGCCUUUCCCACCCCUGGGGAAUUGCCGUCUAUGGUUCCUUCCUUUAUUACACUGAUGAACACUAUGAGGCCAUUGAACGGGUUGACAAGGCCACCGGGGCCAAUAAAGUGGUCUUGAGAGAUAAUAUCCCAAACCUAAGGGGACUUCGAGUUUAUUACAGACGUAACUCUGACAAAUCCUCAAAUGGCUGUAGCAACAAUGUGAAUGCCUGUCAGCAGAUCUGCCUGCCUGUGCCAGGAGGACUGUUCUCAUGCGCCUGUGCCACUGGAUUUAAACUCAAUCAUGAUAAUUUGACCUGCUCUCCAUAUAACUCCUUCCUUGUUGUUUCCAUGCUGUCUGCAAUCAGAGGCUUUAGCUUGGAAUUGUCAGAUCAUUCAGAUGCCAUGGUGCCAGUGGCAGGUCAAGGACGAAAUGUACUGCAUGUGGAUGUUGAUGUAUCUUCUGGCUUUAUUUAUUGGUGUGAUUUUAGCAGCUCUGUGCCAUCUGGUAACUCAAUUCGUAGAAUCAAACCAGAUGGGUCUGCUUUUACAAAUAUUGUUACAUAUGGGAUUGGACAAAAUGGAGUCCGGGGUGUUGCAGUGGAUUGGGUAGCAGAAAAUCUUUAUUUUACCAAUGCUUUUGUGUCUGAAACACUGAUAGAAGUUCUGCGGAUCAAUACCACCUACCGUCGUGUUCUCCUUAAAGUCACAGAGGAUAUGCCCAGGGAUAUUGUUGUAGAUCCUAAGAACAGAUACCUCUUCUGGACUGACUAUGGGCAAACUCCCAAAAUAGAACGCUCUUUUCUUGACUGUACCAAUCGAACUGUGCUUGUAUCAGAGUACAUUAUCUCACCACGGAGCUUGGCAGUGGACUAUAGCAGUGGUUACGUUUAUUGGGUUGAUGACUAUUUAGAUUUAAUUGCAAGGAUCCGUAUUGAGGGAAAGGAAUCUGAAGUGAUACGUUUUGGCAGUCGUUACCCAACUCCUUAUGCCAUCACUGUUUUUGGAAAUUCUAUCAUAUGGGCAGACAGGAAUUUAAAAAAAAUCUUCCAAGCUAGCAAGGAACCAGGGACCACAGAGACACCAAGAGUGAUGCGGGACAAUAUCAAUUGGCUAAGAGAUGUGACAAUCUUUGACCAGCAUACCCAGCCCCGGUCACCAGCAGAGGUUGAUGACAACCCUUGCUUGGAAAAUAAUGGUGGAUGCUCCCAUCUCUGCUUUGCUCUGCCCAGAUCACACACCCCAAAAUGCGGCUGUGCCUUUGGGACCCUGGAAGAUGAUGGAAAAAGCUGUGCCAUUUCGAUAGAAAAUUUCCUCAUCUUUACAUUGGAUAAUUCCUUGAGAAGCUUGCACUUGGACCCUGAAGACCAUACCCUACCUUUCCAAGCGAUAAGUGUGGAAAGAUAUGCCAUGGCCCUGGACUAUGAGAGCAUAGGUAACAGAAUCUACUUUACACAACUUUUAGACUCUGGACAUGGCCAGAUUUCCUACAUCGACCUGAAUUCAGAGAUGAGUUCUACCACUGUCAUUGUUUCAGCUGUAGGGGCUGCUGAUGGCAUUGCCUUUGACUGGAUCAAUAGAAGAAUUUAUUACAGUGACUUCAUCAACCAAACAAUUAACUCCAUGGCUGAGGAUGGGUCAGAUCACACUGUAUUAGCUCAUGUUUCAAACCCAAGAGCGAUUGUGUUAGAUCCUUGCCAAGGGUACAUGUACUGGACCGAUUGGAGUACUAAUGCCAAAAUUGAGAGAGCCACAAUGGGAGGAAACUUCCGGGCACCCAUUGUGAAUGGCAGCCUGGUCUGGCCCAGUGGGCUCACUCUGGACCAUCAGGAAGACUUUCUCUACUGGACAGAUGCCAGCAUGCAGAAGAUUGAACGCUGCACUCUAAUGGGCACAGAGCGUGAGGUCAUUGUCAGCACUACCUUUCAUCCAUUUGACUUGACUCUCUAUGACCAGUAUAUUUACUGGACUGACUGGUACACAAAAAAAAUUUACCGAGCUAACAAAUAUGAUGGGUCAGGUCAAAUGGCAAUGACUCCAAGUUUUUCCUCCCGGCCUAAGGGUAUCUGCGUUGUUGUGAAGGACCAGCAACAGCAGUGCAGCAAUCCUUGCAAUCAGUUUAAUGGUGGAUGCAGCCAUAUUUGUACAGCAGGUCCAAAUGGUGCUGAGUGCCAGUGUCCCCAUCCAGGCCACUGGUAUCUGGCCAACAACAAUAAGCACUGCAUUGUGGACAGUGGAACACGGUGUGAUAGUUCCAAAUUCACCUGCUUCAGCGGGCACUGCAUCUCGGAGCAGUUGCUGUGUGACCAUAACGAUGACUGUGGUGAUGGCAGUGAUGAGCUUACAAUUGUCUGUGCGCUUCACACCUGCCAGUCGACUGCCUUCACCUGUGCCGAUGGGCGAUGCAUCCCGUAUCGUUACCGCUGUGAUCACUAUAACGACUGUGUUGAUGGUAGCGACGAGGCAGGGUGCCUGUUCAGGGAGUGCAACGCCACCGCGGAGUUUACCUGCGGUAACAGAAAGUGCAUCCCUCUUCACCUUGUCUGCGACGGUGUAAACAACUGCCAUGAUAAUAAUACUUCAGAUGAGAAAAACUGCCCUGAUCGCACUUGCCACCCUGGACAGAUCAAAUGUCUGACUACAAAUAUUUGUAUUCAUCGUCUUUACUUGUGUGAUGGAGACAAUGACUGUGGAGAUACGAGCGAUGAAAACCCCAUUUUCUGCUCCACUCAACCAUGCAGUGACAGUGAGUUCCACUGCACAUCUGGACGCUGUAUUCCUGAAAGAUGGUACUGUGAUCAAGACAGAGAUUGUGAUGAUGGCUCUGAUGAACCUAACACUUGUGUGUAUCAUGAUCCAGAAUGCUUAAGUGAUGAGUUCCAGUGUGACACUGGGCGGUGCAUCCAAAAAGCAUGGAUCUGUGAUGGUGAUAAUGACUGUGGGGACAUGAGUGAUGAGGAUGAAAGGCACCACUGUGAGAGUCACACCUGCUCAAGUUUGGAAUUUUUCUGUGUAAACAGCGCGCCUCCAUCCAGGAGGUGCAUCCCCCAAUCUUGGGUCUGUGAUGGUGAUGCAGAUUGUGCCGAUGGCUAUGAUGAGUAUCAAAAUUGCACCAGGAGAUCUUGCUCUGAAAAUGAUUUCACCUGUAAUAAUGGACUGUGUGUCCCACGCUGGUACAGGUGUGACCGGUACAAUGACUGUGGUGACUACAGUGAUGAGAGGAACUGCUCAUACUCCACCUGCAGUGAGACUCAGUUUACCUGUCAGAAUGGGUUCUGCAUUAAUAAGGCCUAUGUCUGUGAUGGGGAAAAUGACUGUAGAGAUAACUCAGAUGAGCAGGAGCACCUGUGCCACAUCCCAGAAACCACGUGCCCACCUCAUCAGUUCAAGUGUGACAAUGGUAACUGCACUGAGAUGGUGAAAGUCUGCAACCGCCUGGAUGACUGUUCAGACAACAGUGAUGAAAAAGGAUGUGGUGUUAAUGAGUGCAAUGACUCUUUCCUCAGUGGCUGCGAUCAAAACUGCACUGACACGCUCACCAGUUUCUAUUGUUCUUGUUAUCCUGGUUUCAAGCUUCUGUUUGACAAGCGCACUUGUAAUGAUAUUGACGAAUGCAAGGAGACACCUUUCGUCUGUAGUCAGAAGUGUGAGAACAUAAUAGGCUCCUACAUCUGUAAGUGUGCCCGAGGCUACAUCCGAGAACCAGACGGAAAGAGCUGCCGGCAGAACAGUAACAUUGAGCCCUACCUCAUUUUUAGCAACCGAUACUAUUUGAGAAACUUAACUAUAGAUGGCCAUUUUUACUCCCUUAUUUUGCAAGGACUGGGCAAUGCUGUGGCACUGGAUUUUGACCGAGUAGAAAAGAGAUUGUACUGGAUUGAUGUAGAGAAUAAAGUCAUUGAGAGAAUGUUUCUGAAUAACACAAAUAGGGAGACAGUCAUACACCACAAACUACCAGCUGCAGAAGGUCUGGCUGUAGACUGGGUUGCCAGGAAGCUCUAUUGGGUGGAUGCCAUUCUGAACUGCCUCUCCGUCUCUGACCUCGAUGGUCGGUACCGCCGCAAGUUGGUCGAGCACUGUGUGGAUGCCAACAACACUUUCUGCUUGGAUAAUCCCAGAGGAAUUGCCCUUCACCCUCAAUAUGGCUAUGUCUACUGGACAGAUUGGACUCACAAAGCAUACAUUGGAAGAGUAGGCAUGGAUGGAACUAAUAAGUCUGUGGUCACCUCUACCAAGUUAGAGUGGCCCAAUGGCAUCACCAUCGAUUACACCAAUGAUCUACUUUACUGGACAGAUGCACACCUGGGUUACAUUGAGUACUCAGAUUUGGAGGGCAACCACCGGCACACAGUGUAUGAUGGGACACUGCCUCACCCCUUUGCUGUCACCAUUUUUGAAGACACUAUUUAUUGGACAGAUUGGAAUACAAGGACAGUUGAAAAGGGAAACAAAUAUGAUGGAUCAAACAGGGUUGUUCUGGUGAAUAUAACACAUAAACCAUUUGACAUCCAUGUGUAUCAUCCGUACCGGCAGCCAAUCGUGAACAAUCCUUGUGGUGCCAACAAUGGUGGCUGUUCUCAUCUCUGCCUCAUCAAAGCAGGAGGAAAUGGAUUUACCUGCGAGUGUCCAGACAACUUCUUUACUCUCCAGCAGGGUGACAGUACCCAGUGCCUGCCCAUGUGCUCCAGCACCCAAUUCCUGUGUGCUGACAAUGAAAAGUGUAUUCCAAUCUGGUGGAAAUGUGACGGACAGAGAGACUGCUCAGAUGGCUCUGAUGAACCCAACACUUGCCCAUAUCGUUACUGCCGUUUAGGACAGUUCCAGUGCAAGGAUGGCAACUGCACCAGCCCACACUUCCUGUGCGAUGCUCACCAAGAGUGCCCUGACGGGUCUGAUGAGGACCCUGUUCUUUGUGAGAAUCACCGAUGUGAGUCCAAUGAAUGGCAAUGUGCCAAUAAACGCUGCAUCCCAGAAGCCUGGCAGUGUGACUCGGAGAAUGACUGUGGGGAUAACUCAGAUGAAGACAGUUCCCACUGUGCCAGCAGGGUCUGCCAGCCAGGUUAUUUUAAGUGCACCAGUGGCCACUGCAUCCCUCAGAACUGGAAGUGUGAUGUGGACAAUGACUGUGGAGACUACUCGGAUGAGCCCAUCCAUGAAUGCACAAGCCCUGCCCAUCGCUGUGACAACCACACAGAGUUUAGCUGCCGGACUAACUACCGCUGCAUCCCCCAGUGGGCUGUGUGCAAUCGCCGCGAUGACUGCAGGGACAACAGUGAUGAGCAAGGCUGUGAGGAGAUGACGUGCAAACCUGUGGGUCACUUCCGCUGUCAUAACCACUUGUGCAUCCCUCUUCGCUGGAGGUGUGAUGGGCAUGAUGAUUGUGGAGAUCACUCAGAUGAGGAAAACUGUGCCCCCCGGGAGUGCACGGAGAGCGAGUUUCGAUGUGACGAUCAGAGCUGCAUUCCCUCUCAAUGGACCUGUGACCAAACCAAUGACUGUGGGGACAACUCAGAUGAGCGGGACUGUGAGAUGAAGACCUGCCAUCCUGGGUAUUUUCAGUGUGAGAGUGGACACUGUGUGCCAGAGCAACUGACCUGUGAUGGGACUGCCGACUGCCUUGAUAGCUCUGAUGAAGCCACUUGUCCCACUCGCUUUCCCAAUGGUGCGUACUGCCCAGCUACUAUGUUCGAAUGUAAAAAUCACAUUUGUAUCCAGUUAUCUUGGAUAUGUGAUGGUGAUGACGACUGUGGCGAUGGAUCUGAUGAAGAACGUCACCUGUGCUUGACCAUUCGCUGUGAUUCACCAUACCGUUUCCGAUGUGACAACAAUCGCUGUAUUUAUAGUCAUGAGCUGUGUAACCAUGUGGAUGACUGUGGAGACGGAACUGACGAGAAAGAAGAGUUGUGUGCACCUUCAACCCCUAGACCUUGUAGAGAAGAUGAAUUUAAGUGUAGCAAUGGACACUGCAUUGCCCAGCACCUUGUAUGUGAUGAUGUCGAUGACUGUGGGAACCAGUUUGAUGAAACAGGUUGCAAUACAGGAAAAGGAAGAUCGUGUGCUGAGAAUCUCUGUGAACAAAACUGUACCCAAUUAAGUGAAGGAGGAUUUAUCUGCUCCUGUAGACCUGGGUUCAAAGCCAAUAUUUAUGACAGAAACUCCUGUGAUGACAUCAACGAAUGUGAACAAUUUGGGGUUUGUCCCCAAAACUGCCUAAAUACCAAAGGAAGUUAUGAGUGUCUGUGUGCUGAAGGCUUCAGGUCUUUGAGUGAGCGCUAUGGAGAACGGUGUGCCGCUGAAGGUAACCCUCCUGUGUUGUUACUGCCAGAAAAUGUGCGAAUUCAAAAAUACAAUCUCUCAUCUGAGAAGUUCUCAGAUUACCUUGACAACAAGGAACACAUUCAGGCUGUUGAUUAUGAUUGGGAUCCCGAGGGCACAGGCCUCAGUGUCAUAUAUUACUCUGUGCUAGGGCAUGGCUCUAAUUUUGGUGCUAUCAAACGUGCCUACAUUCCCAACUUUGAAUCUGGCAGCAAUAAUCGCGUGGUAGAAGUUAACCUAGGCCUGAAAGACCUAAUUCAGCCAGAUGGGUUAGCAGUUGACUGGGUCGGAAGGCAUAUUUACUGGUCGGACGCUAAGAGUCAGCGGAUAGAGGUGGCUGAACUUGAUGGAAGGUACAGAAAGUGGCUCAUUUCCACCCAACUGGGUCAACCAGCUGCAGUGGUUGUGAAUCCCAAACUAGGGCUUAUGUACUGGACUGACUGGGGUAAAGAACCUAAAAUCGAGUCUGCCUGGAUGGAUGGACAGCAUCGGAACAUCCUGGCUAAUGAGGAUCUUGGUUGGCCAACCAGCCUUUCUAUUGAUUAUUUGAACGAUGACCGAGUGUACUGGAGUGACUACAAGGAGAACGUUAUUGAGACCAUAAAAUAUGAUGGGAGUGAUAGGAGAAUUGUUGCAAACGCAGCAAUGAGCCCUUAUAGUCUGGACAUCUUUGAAGGCUUGUUAUACUGGAUAUCUAAAGAUAAGGGAGAAAUAUGGAAGCAAGAUAAAUUUGGACAAGAGGAGAAAGAGAAAAUGCUGGUAGUGAAUCCUUGGCUCACUCAAGCUCGAAUCUUUCAUCAACAUAGAUAUGAUCGAUCAGUGCCCAACCGCUGUAAGAAUGUCUGCAGCCAUCUCUGCCUCCUGAGGCCGAGAGGAUACACCUGUGCCUGUCCUCAAGGGUCCAACUUUAUAGAGGGAAGCAGCACUGAGUGUAACGCAGCCAUCGAAAGUCCUGUCAUCAUGCCCCCCCCAUGCAGGUGUAUGUACGGAGGAAUUUGCUAUUUUGAUGAGAAUGACCUCCCCAAAUGCAAGUGCCCUGGUGGCUACAUGGGAAACUAUUGUGAAAUAGGACUUUCAGAAGGCAUUCCUCCAGGAACAACUGUGGCUGUGCUGUUAACAACCAUCCUGAUCAUCGUAACUGCAGCUUUGACAGCAUUAGGAUUUUUCCACUACAGGAAAACUGGCUCCGUUUUGCCUUCUCUUCCCAAGCUACCAAGCUUAAGCAGUCUUGUCAAAUCUUCAGAAAAUGGAAAUGGGGUGACCUUCAGACCAGGGGCAGAUGUUAACAUGGAUGUUGGAGUAUCUGGGUUUGGGCCUGAGUCUACUCUUGACAGAUCAAUGGCAAUGAGUGAACACUUUGCCAUGGAGAUGGGCAAGCAACCCAUAAUAUUUGAAAACCCAAUGUAUUCAUCCGGGGAUGGUACUGUCAAAGUAGUUCAGCCAACCCAGGUGACUGUAUCGGGAAAUGUGGAUAACAAGAACUACGGAAGCCCCAUAAACCCUUCUGAGCUAGCUCCAGAUACAAAGCCGGCUUCCCCAAGUGCUGAUGGGAUGCAGGCAACAAAAUGGAAUAUCUUCAAACGAAAACCAAAACAAACUACCAACUUUGAAAAUCCAAUCUAUGCAAGGACGGAGAGUGAGCAAAAGGGAAGUGCUGCUGUGGCCCCUCCUUCACUGCCUGCUCUUCCUGCUGAAACUCCUACAAAAGCAGACCCAACUCCAUCCUAUACUGCAACAGAGGAUACUUUCAAAGACACCGCAAACCUUGUUAGGGAAGACCCUUAAGUAUAGCUAUGCCAGUUAUUUAGGGAAUAGUUAGAAAUACACUUUUGCACAUAAAUUUUUUGCGAACAGAUGGAAAAAAGUUAACAUUCAGUACUUUAUAAAAAACUACUUGUCCCCAGUUUGCCUGUAGUUUAAAGUGUCUGUGGAAACUAUGCCUUGUGUCUUUUUUUUUUUUUUUUUACUUCUGCUGGCUCAUAUUUUUACAAAUAAUUAUCACAAUGUACUAUAUGUAUAUCUUUGCACCAAAGCUAUCUGAAGAUAACACUAAAUAUAUUGUGCAUUUGUAAGUUUCAGAAAGAUGAUCACAUCGUGACUUUGCUAAUAAAAAUAUCUGCUUAAUUGGUUGGGAUUGUUACAGUAAAUGAUCUAGUGAGAAAAAUAAGUGACCUGGGGCCUUUAGCCAUGUCUACAGAUGAGGCACCACUUAUAUUCCCUAUAGAAUUAUCCAGGAAAGGAAUCUGGGCCCACUCUUGGGACCAUUUUUUAAUACAUCUGCACUUAAUUAAUGUUCAAUAAUAAAAAUGACCUGACUAAUGGGCAUAUCGCUAGAGGACACUGUGUGUUGUUUAGGGAUCUCGAUUUGACUGCAGAUGCCUCAGGUAAUUCAGAGGGUAGAAAAAGCAAUUCAGUUUUAUCCUUCUGCAUGUUUGUGUUGUCUAGCCAGAACACUUUCAUAUGUGUUAUCUGACUUGCUGUCAAGUCUACAUUUUUAUUUGUAAUGUCACUGAGAAAACCCCAUGUCCUUAAGUGCAGAUGUCCUGCAAGGAGUUCAUAUUUAAUCGAAGGAACUCUUUCACAUGAUGCACCAUAGGGCACUUUACACAAUUGCUUGGCAUCUCAGGUGGCCACCCACAGUGGAAACUGGAGCUUAGUAGCUCAGUUCCUAACACCAAAUCUGUGUCUUCAUUAAGGUGCAAACCAAAUAAUGGUUAACCAGAUAAUGGUUAGAUGUGUGUGAAAAUAUCAUUAUAACAACUAUUUAUUUCCUAAAUUGAACAUGAGCAGAAAGGGAAAUGGUUCUUAUUGAACCUUUUUAAAGGUCCUUUGGCUAAGUCAUACCUUUGUAUCAGAAUGUACUGUACAGCCUAGCUUUUCUCUUGCAUAGUAGGUAUAGUUUCCACAAUGGAGGCCAGGGCAGGAAUAUACAAUUUCAAUACUAAGUAGCAUGCGCAGCUCUCUGUGCUAAUAUGGCACAUUUUAAACAAUGAAUGAAUAGAUAGAUGGAUGGAUGGAUGGAUGGAUGGAUGGAUGGAUGGAUGGAUGGAUGAAUGAAACAUGUACUACUGAUUAUUUUAUUCCUGAGUUCUCAAAAUAUUUGUUGCUUAUAUUUUGAAUGCUUAUUACAAUUACUUUCAAAUGUACUUUGAUUAGAAAAGCAAAUGGAAAUGAUGCUGCUGGAAAUUUCUAAUAAAUGUAUAUUUUAUCAGA